AAAUAAAAUAAAAAUAAAAAAUGUUUGACACUAGAAGAAGUAAAGGUUGCUGCAAGUGUUUGGAGUUUGGAGUUUCGAGAUCGAGAGAGAGAGAGAGAAAGCGCCAUGGAUUCUUCUUCACACAUGGCUUCGCUUCCGGAAGAUAUCAUCACCGACGAGCAUUUACAACAGCAAACUCAACCCGCCUCAGCCUCUGCUUUCGCUUCCGUUCCUCAGCGCCCGCCAACUAAGAGCUCUUCAGAAAAAUACGCACCUUUAGAUUGGUCCGUGUAUUUUGACAAAGAAGACGAUGUUGCAAUUCCCGAAUCGAACGAUGUUUUUCAUGUUUACACGGCAGGAACUGAGGGUCCCGUUGUAUUCUGUUUACACGGUGGUGGUUAUUCUGGGCUUUCUUUUGCUGUCUCAGCAAGUAAAAUUAAGGAGAAAGCUAGGGUAGUUGCAAUGGACUUGAGAGGUCAUGGGAAAUCAUUGACAGAAGAUGAUCUUGACUUAUCUGUUGAGACUAUGUGCAAUGAUGUAUUGGCUGUUAUAAAGGAAUUAUAUAGCGACUCUCCUCCAGCCAUCAUUCUUGUUGGUCACAGCAUGGGAGGAUCAAUUGCUGUGCAUGUUGCUGCAAGGAGAUCAUUGUCUGCCUUGGCUGGGUUGGUUGUUGUGGAUGUUGUAGAGGGAACAGCAAUGGCUUCACUAAUUCAUAUGCAGAAAAUCCUAUCAAGCAGGAUGCAACAUUUUUCAAGCAUUGAAAAAGCUAUUGAAUGGAGUGUCAGGGGUGGCUCUUUAAGAAAUAUUGAUUCUGCUCGUGUAUCAAUCCCUGCCACAUUAAAGUAUGACCAUUCAAAGAAAUGUUAUCUUUACCGAACUGAGCUGGAAAAGACUGAACAAUAUUGGAAAGGCUGGUAUGAAGGCCUCUCAGAUAAAUUUUUGUCAUGUCCUGUGCCAAAACUGUUGUUAUUAGCCGGAACAGAUAGAUUGGACAGGUCUCUCACAAUUGGUCAAAUGCAAGGGAAGUUUCAAAUGGUAGUUGUAAGGCAUACAGGGCAUGCUAUUCAGGAAGAUGUACCUGAUGAAUUUGCAACUCUGAUUGUUAACUUCAUUUCUCGUAACCGAAUAGGCCCUCAUGGAAUUGAGAUACCUGGCCUUCGCAAGCCAGCCUUUUCCAAACCUUGAAUCUGGUAUUAGAUAAACCAAGAAUGACCACCACUGCAAGAUGAAGAUGAUGAAUUUCUUACUUUGACAUUCCUUUAGUUUUAUACCGUGCUUCUAUGUUUUGACGGGGGAGGAGGGUAGGUGAAGCGAUUAUAUAUUAUAUAUUAUAUAUUAUAUAUUUCAGACUAUUAUCAAAUGUAAUGAGCAAUGGGUAAGAUGGGAUUGGACAUAGAUUUUCGCUCAUAGCUAGCAACGUUAGGUGUCCCUUGCUUUGAGUGUUUUUGGUUUUCAUCUUUAAAGAAAAUAAAAAAUAAAAGUAAAAAUACGUUCGCUUAAAA